AUGGCCGACUGCGGUGACGGCUGUGGCUGUGACUGCGGCGAGUGUGCGGCGGCGUGCGAGCCGGGCUGCGAGUGCUGCGGGGCGUGCUGCGACUGCCAGGGCUGCUGCGUGUGCGUGUGGCCGGGGGCGGGCGCGGGCGCGGGCGCGGGCCGAGCACGCCCGGGGGGCGGAGGGGGCGACGAGGGCGCGGACGCGCAGCGGCAGCGCCACGUCGUCGGCGCCUUCUGUUUGGUGACGGUGCUAUUCCUCUCGCUGGUUACCGUCGUCUUCGUGGUGGGUGCAAUAACAGGAGGGAUAACAAGUCUUCUCCUUGUUGGCACAUUAAUAGUGGGCUCACAAACAGCAGUUGCAUCAAAACAAAUUGUCUAUCCCACAAAACCUACAUCAACCAUUGGCUGCAGUCAUCUCUUUGACACAUCAACUGAAAAUGUAAAUCAUACAAUUUUCCAACAAGAAACAGUUCCUGAACCACCAUUUAUUUUAUUUAGAAUAUCUUUCAUGUACUUCACCCCUAUUGGAUGUUUAACUGUGUUAAUAGUUGGUUCAAUUGUAAGCUGGUUUACUUGUUCCAAUACAUCCAACACUGAAAAUGUGAACAGAGAUCUACUGAGCCCAGUAAUCUAUAGGUGGCUCUCAAAUGACAUUAGUAAUAAAGAAACGAUAGUUGCAGAACCUCUAUUGAUACUUAAAUAAAGCAGUGUUACUGUUUAUUAAAUUAAAAUACUUUUUAUUUAUGAGACAAUACGUAUCAUCAACCAAUGUUACAAGAAGAACUAAAAUCCACAAGUUCCAUUGACUCAGCAUUUUUUAAAUUAAAUUUAAUUAAGGUCAAAUACUUCAUUUUCACAUCCAAUUUAGUAGUUGUUUUUUGCCUGCAAAUGAUUUUAAAAGAAAUUUAUGAGAAGAAAAACAGUAAUUCUCAAUAAAGUUUAUUAUCAUAAUCACAUAACUUUAUACACAAUUUAGCAAGAAAUAGCAUGAGGCUGAAAUAGUAAUGUCUAAAGAACAAACAAAGAAAUAAAGAGUUACACAUGACACUUCACUUGCCUGUGAUACUACCUGUUUAUUCAUCAAAAACAGGUAAUUAAAUUGUUGAUUUAUUGAGUUUUUUUGUGUUUUUUCACUGAUUACAUAUUUCUCAAGCAUAUCAAAGUUUAAUUUACAGUUCGCAAGUUUCUCUAAUCCAGCCUUUUCUAUCAAAAUCUUGAACUACUUCAAUUAUCUUCCUCUGACACAUUUUUGAACGGCCCACUUCAAUCAGAUGAUCUUUAGAAGUCAGUUCAUGGAGAUCCUCAGUUUCAUCAUUUUGAGCAUAAAUCACACCCAACAUGAAAAGAAUAUGGUAAAAUUGCGUUGGUGCAAAAGUAUUGAUUUCUUCUAAAAAUGCUGUUUUUGAGAAACUUUCAAUAUCACAUUUCAAUUUUUUUAAUAAGUUAACAAAAGAUUCAUAAUAGAUAUUAAUUAAAUGAUCAUAGUGAUUUUCUACCACCUUCCUCUGUGCACUACUAUACAAAAAGAAAAUUAGAUCUCGAACAGGAGAACAAAAUAGAGUAAGUUGAAAAUCUAAUAAUUUCAUGUCCAGUAGCGAUCUAUUUUGAGAACCUUCUUCAUAUUUAAACAAUAUAUUAUUUGUCCAUAGAUCAUUAUGCACUAACGUUGCAAAUGGUUCCUUUGCUAAGGAUUUAUUUUCAACUUUUAUACGAGAUACAAUAUGAUUAACCAUUUUCUCAAAAUAACAACGGCACUCUGGCACAUUUUUAACUAAUGUUUCCACAAAAGUCUUUCUUUCCUGCACCUCAUCUUCUCCUUUAACCCCAAUAUGAAAAUGUGUAGUGGUUUUUAAUACAGUUUCCUUAAAUAUAACUGGUUUCUUUUCUCUGAGAGCAACACCAAGUGCAUGAAAUGAAGCAAGACUCUGCAUUAUGAGUUCACAAUGUUUCAAAUCUAACCCACCCAAUCUAUCUGCCAUCUGAUAAUUCUGUACUUUUAAGUUUCCCAUCAAAAGUACAGCAUCAAAAUCUGUGAUACUACUUCUCAUUGGUGAAAUACGAGCACCAUAGAAAGGUGGAACUAAAUUUACAAUCUCAUGCUUUUCUAAUCCACAUUCUUGCUGCAUUUCAAGAUACGCAGGAUACACCAAUUUAUACAAAUUUAUUUCCUUUUCAAAAGUAACAUCUACAUUGAAAACUUCACGUAAAAAUUGUGUUGGAGGUAACAAUUUUGCUAUAAUAUGGUGAAUUUGAUGUACAUUAUUAUUCAAAAUAUUAACAGUAAGCAAAAACAAGCUACUUCCAUAAUUUUCACCAGCUGCUGUAGC